AUGGAAAACAUCCACGUGAAGAAGGGAGAUGUAGAGACCAUACAGAUGAUCCAGUUUCUUGUUGCGAAAGAAAAAGAAAGACGAAACCAUCGAAAAAAACUUUCACCCUCCAUUUACAUCGUUGACAGUACCCUACGCAAUCUCAGCCCAAAUUCGUUUAAGCCUCGUGUCGUCGCCAUUGGACCUCUCCACAAAGAAGAUGAAGAAUUGCAAGAUAUUGAAAGCCAUAAAGUGACAUAUUUGCUUGAUCUAUUUCUUCGUUUACCAUCCAUGCCAGAUCGAAAAAUGGACGAAUGCAUUCAAAGGGUGUAUGCAAAGGUGGAACAAAUCAGGGCAUGUUAUGCUGGGGAAAUGAAGGACUAUGAUGACGGUGAAGUUGCAAAAAUGAUGGUCAUUGAUGGUUGUUUCGUGCUUGAAUUCAUUCUCAGGGUCUGUAACUAUCCUGACGAGGAUCCAAUCUUUUACAAUAAAUUGGCCUUUCAAAAUGUUAUGCGUGAUUUGCUCCUGCUAGAAAACCAGAUACCUUUCUUUGUUCUUCAGGACAUCUUUAAGUGCACCAUCUUAGAAUUUGAUCCAUCAUCUUCUCUGCAAAGCUUAAUCUUUUUAUUUCUAAGGCCUAUCAAUCCCUUCGACAUAUCGUAUGUAACCAACAUUAAUGAUGGGGUGGAUACAAGUUAUGAACAUGUCCUUGGCCUUCUGCAGAAAUUUUGCCAGCCUGCUGAUGCUAAGCCAUCUGGAGUUUCAGUGUCAAGGUUCCAUUCAGUUGAAGAACUGACCAAUGCAGGGGUGAACUUUAAGCGUAAUCAAGAUGAAAGAUGGCCACUCGCCAUGGAAUUUAAAGCAACGUGGUUUCCGUGCUUUCUUUGGGGGUGGGGUAAGCCUACUCUCACAAUGCCAGUACUGCUUAUUGCAGAUCGCACUGAGUCAGUUUUGAGGAAUUUAAUUGCAUAUGAGCAAUGUAGUCCUCUAAGUGAUACAUUACAUCAUAUGCUGCUGCCAUGGAUAUGCUAG